UGUGUUAAUAUUCUGCAUUCUGUUUAAUUUUUUAGGGUCUCAAGAACGUGCUCAAGUCUUCCAUGUGUUUCCAGCAAAUACAGAGAUCAGGAAAGACUAAACCCUACUGAUUACUCAUUGGAAGCCUCAGAACAAAAUGCUUCCCAAGAACUGAUGACCAAAAUAUCUACCCAUAAUAUAUGUAAGCUUAGAAAAUCUCUUCUUACAAUCCUGACAUAAUGGAAGUUUCCCUAAACCACCCGACAUCUGAUAAAACCAGCACAAAGAGCAACAACUCUGCAUUUUUUAACUUUGAGUCCUGUCAACCCCCUUCUCUAGCCCUACUGCUACUACUCACAGCCUAUACUGUGGUCUUAAUUGUGGGCCUUUUUGGAAACCUCUCUCUCAUCAUCAUCAUCUUGAAGAAGCAGAGAGAAGCUCAGAACGCCACCAACAUUCUGAUUGCCAAUCUCUCCUUCUCUGACAUCUUGGUGUGUGUCAUGUGCAUCCCUUUUACUGUCAUCUACAUUUUGAUGGACCAUUGGAUAUUUGGGGACAUCAUGUGCAAACUAACUUCCUACGUGCAGAGUGUCUCAAUCUCUGUAUCCAUAUUCUCACUUGUAUUAAUUGCCGUUGAAAGACAUCAGCUGAUUGUGAACCCCUGUGGCUGGAAGCCCAGUGUAUCCCAUGCCUACUGGGGCAUCACAUUGAUUUGGCUGUUUUCUCUUCUGUUGUCUAUUCCCUUCUUCCUGUCCUAUCAACUCACCAAUGAGCCCUUCCACAACAUGUCUCUCCCCACUGACCUCUAUGCCCACCGGGUGGUCUGUGUAGAGAACUGGCCAUCCAAAAUGAACCAGCUGCUCUUUACCACCUCUCUGUUUAUGGUCCAGUACUUUGUCCCUCUGGGCUUCAUCCUCAUCUGCUACCUGAAAAUUGUCAUCUGCCUCUGCAGGAGAAAUGGGAAGGUCAAUAGAAAGAGAGAAAAUGAUGGCCGGGAGAGUGAGAACAAGAGGAUCAACACAAUGUUGAUUUCCAUCGUGGUGACUUUUGGAGCCUGCUGGCUGCCCUUGACAUCUUCAAUGUCAUCUUUGACUGGCAUCCUGAGGUGCUGAUGAACUGCCACCAUGACCUGGUAUUUGCAGUUUGCCAUUUGUUUGCUAUGGUUUCUACAUGUAUAAACCCUCUUUUUUAUGGCUUUCUCAACAAAAAUUUCCAAAAGGACCUGGUGGUGCUUAUUCACCACUGUUGGUGCUUUGCACUUCGGGAAAGAUAUGAAAAUAUUGCAUCUCCACUAUGCACACAGAUGAAUCUAAGGAAUCUUUAAGAAUGGCUCACAUACCAACCGGUAUAUAAAAAUUGGUAACCCUUAAUGCUGAAGUCUUUCCUGACUGGGAGAUGGGAAGGUAACAGCUGGGGAUAGGGCAAGACGCAGAAAGAAGAAGCCAGAACCCUCCCAAAUAGCAAUUUUAUACCCAGUUCUGCUUUGGGCUAAGCCUGUCUCUAUCAUAUAUCCACCCAACACACACAGUCGCACACAUCAUCCUUUUCUCUUUUCUUAGGAGAAUAACUAAGAAUUCAAACAAUCUGGCUGCCAUCAUUCGCAGCAGAGAAUGAACACAAGAAAGCAGACAGAGAGGCAAGCAGCAAUGACGGCUGGGAAACAAGGUUCACAGAUCCUCUUAGUCAAUGGAAUAUCCACAAAAGUAAUUACUAACGAUAAGCCUAGUAAUAGCUAUGCUAUACCUCCUUAGCACUGAAACAAAUCUGCUUUUAGAUAUGAAAACUGUAACCUCAGUCAUGUAACUAUUCAAUCAAUUAGCCAAGUCAGAAAAUUCCCCACCAUAAUUAGUUAACAAACUAAGUUUGGAUUAAGGUUCAAGGGGUACAUGUAACUUCACAUUUAAAUGAAGCAUUAUAAUUACAAUUAAUUCCCAUACCUGAAUCAGAUUCUCUAGUUUACGAUAAUAGUACAUUUUCUUCACUAACAAUGCUAUUAGAACUGGCCACAAAUUCUUUAGCACUCUAAUUAUGCUAGAAAUCACUUUAACUAACUUAUUAAUGGCCAAUGUAGAUAGAGCUUUCAUUACAAAAUGGCUUUUUAUCUACAAUUCUUUUUUUCUUUUUCUUUUUUGUUGAGACAGAGUCUUGCUUUGUU